AGGAAAACGAAACCAAAACAAACGUCGCUAUAGCAACGAAUAUUGCCAGAAUUAAAACGUGUUGUAAAAACCGUAAAAUGUAUCCAAUGACGUUUAUACUACGUAAUAUAUUUUAUUUAUUAAUGAUUGCUACAAAUAUAAUCACGAUCUUGAAUACUACUAAAGUUUAUUCAAUUAAUUAAAUUUAACUUUAUUGUGUAAAGUUACGGUUUUUUCUAUAACCAUAGACAAUACGAAAACAUGCUUCCGUUAAACUGCUUUACCGACACGGCUCUGAAUUUUGUCACUAGAUGGAGUUUCUUUCAAAAAUUCGCCAAUCGGCCACCAUUGUUGGAAGUCAUUUUACAGCAUUUUGUCGAAAUUUGUUUAAUUUGUGAUAGUUCUCGGCAAAAUACAAAGCUAAACUCGAAGGAUCUGCACACGUCGUAAGGGGAAGAGUUACGCGGGCGAAGUCUUGAAAAUUGCCGGCAUCAUUAUGGUGGACUGAGAGGGUGUUUGUUGUGGGACUCAGCUGGACUCGCGUCGAGAACCGCCAUGUCCGGCUCGCAGCACAACCCCAACGGGCGGCAGUCGCAACUGGGCUCAAGCUGGAGCCCCCUGCAGGUGUUGCAGAUGGCGAACCUGCUGGCGCGCGCGCCCCAGGCCCACAUGGCGUCCGAGCGCGGCGUGACGUGGCACACGCCCACCCCCCCGCCGCACCUCUACCACGUGCCGCAGCCCUCACCCCCUGAUCCGCUGCAGGCCAUGAAGGGCGCGGGCAACUCGGUGUUCCGGCACACGGCCACGCCGCCGGAGCUGUACCGCCACACGCCCACACCGCCCGACAAGCAUCUACUCAGACAUACUCCGUCGCCCGGCGACGUGAAAGCUGGCGCCGCGUUGCCUCCGGCCGACUUGUACGCACACUUGGGACCAGGUAGAGAUAAGCUGACGCGCGGCUUGGAGCCGGGGGCGGGGGCGGGGGCGGGGUACGCGCGCGGCGUGGACCUGUCGCUGGGCGCGCGCAACGGCGCCGCGCUGUCCGUGCGCGACGCGCCCACCAUCAACUCCCUCAUCGCGCGCGCGCCCAGACACCACCGCGUCGACGAGCUGCUCGAGCGCCUCGCCCCGGCGCCCGCGCCCGCGCCCGCCCCGCCCAGCGUCAUCGUCGCCGCGCGCGCGCCCACCACCCCCUCCCCGCCCUCCUCCAACGAGGACUCCGCCGACUCCCCGCACGCCACCAAGCGCAAGAGGAAACCCGACCGCACCCUCCGCGUGCCCGCCCCGCCGCUCCCCCUCCCCCUCCCCCUCCCCCGCGCGCCGGGGCGGGGGGAGGUGAACGGCGCCUCGCCGCCGCGGAACGGCCCGGGGGCGCGCCCCGCGCCGCCGCCGGAGCCCCCGGUGCGGAGAAAAACGCGCUCCGGCUCCGCGGAGACCAUCGACGAUAUCGCGGCUAUGAUCGCCAGCACGGACCAAAAGAUCGAGGAGCCUGCGCCGAAAGAACCGGAAAAGCCCGUCGAACCACCCGUUACCAUUGACAAGCUAAAGAGCGUGCUCGCGAGUGAUACCGAACACAAGCCGGAUGAAGCUCCCAAUUCACCGCCGAAGGUUCACCAGCAGAUGGAGGAGACCCCAGGGGAUCCAGCACCCGCCUCCGCGCCCACGCCCUCGCCCUCCCCGGGCGCGGGCGCGGGGGAGGCGGGGGGAGGGGCGGCGGCGCCGCGCCGCGCCGCGCGCACGGCCUCGGCCUGCACCAACGUGCCCGUGGAGUCCCCCUCCGAGGCCAAGCCCGCCGAGCCCGCGCAGCCCGCCCACCCCGCCGACCCGGCCCACCCCGCCCACCCCAGCCCGCCCGCCGAGCCCAGCGCCGCCAGCUUUGUGGAGGUCGAGAAUCAGCUGGAGAAGAUGUUCGCGGGGAUCGAGGAGGCGCCGGUUAAUCAAGAAGGCGACCAACCAGUAGAAAAAGAGAAACCUCAAACCACGAAAGCGCGGAAGCGGCGAAAAUCGGCGCCCACCAAGGGCGAGAGGAAAGCCCUGCGCCGCGCCGCCCGCGCCGACACCGGCGACAAGAAGAAGCCGGGCCGGAAGGCCAAGGACAAGGACGCGUACGACUCCGGCAGCAACGCCAGCUCAGGGCGCUCCAGGGGGCCCUACGUGCAGAUCCGCGGUCCGCGCGACUCGCCGCUGUCGGUGUCCGUGAUCAACGCGGCGACGGGCGAGGACGAGGAGCCCGCGCGACGCAAGGAUGAAUUCCGCAACGGGCUGCGCACGCGCGGCCUGCACUGCAGCACGCUCGGCUUACGGUACGACGCGACGACGCCGGACGCGACGUGGCUGUGCGUGUUCUGCGAGCGCGGGCCGCACGCCGCCGGCCUCGGGGACCUCUUCGGGCCCUACCCCCUCGACACCGACUGCGACGAGUACAGAGCAUUGGACGAGGCGACGCGACGAAAAUAUGAAGCGGCCGGUUCCGCCUGGCUGCACGAGGCUUGUGCGGUAUGGGCGCCGGGACUGCUCGCCGCUGGCGCAAGGCUAUGGGGACUCGCCAGCGCAGUGUGGUCGUGCCGGGGCACGCGCUGCACGGUGUGCGGCGGCGGCGGCGCGGGGCUGGCGUGCAGCGCCCGCGCCUGCCGCGCACGCGCACACGUGCCCUGCGCGCGCAGCCAGGCCUGGACCCUGGACGACGACCUGUUCAGACCCACCUGCCCGAGGCACAUAGGACCCAGCUAAGACCACACCCGUGUCGACCGACUGGGACGAAUGAGUGCGGGAACCUAGUGAUGUGCAGUGAAACGUUAAACAAAUUGAGAGAUACGACAUUGCGUAGUGCGGGAUGAAGUUUGAGGUGCGGUGCGUUAGCCCUAAAAGUGUACCGGUGUGGGAACUGUAGUGGUAAAGCGAGCGAAAUACCGCGAGCCCGUGGUCCAGGCGGGAUCCCGAUUCGAUCAAUAAGCCGUGUGCGCUAGCCCCCGUUGCCCCGGGAGGCCGUGAGCGCGAAUUUCUAUGAAAUAAAACUACCGUGUCUAGCAAAAGUAAAAGAAUGAAUUGCUGAAAAACGCGUCAUUCUUUUAUGGAAAAAUGAGGCUUCUGUGAACUGUUCUAAACAAUAUUAUAUUGAUUCCUACUUCUACUAAGUUCUAUAAAAUAAAAUGAAUAUAAAACCAUGAAUGUGAAAAUUCAGUAAAAAAAAUAUGUAACAAAACGCGGCGGGUCCGCAUGGAUGGAUGUUUCAGGUGUAAAUUACGCUUAGCUUUUUAAAUGAUUUCCCCGUGACGCGCCGCACCUCAUUCGACAUCUCUCAAUCUCAAUAUUUAUACCACACUCAAGUAUCCAGACAAACUUGAAUAUGGUACCACCUAUUGAGUGAGUUAACUUACAAGCCUACUUUCGGUAAAUAUGUUUUACUGAAUGUGUUGCACUUUAAACAUGUUUAGUUUAAAAGUGAGCUUAAGUGACGAAUUCGCUUGCGCGCAACUCUUGUGAUAUGAUUUUACAGCAAAUUAUGAUUGCCCUUUUGAUGUAUUUAUGUCUUAGACUUUAUUUUUGCGCCCUUUUUUAUUUUAAUUAAGUUUUUUGUAAAUUUGGAAAGUACUCGUAUCUGAUGAUGGAAUCUCUGUUACCUAUGAUUUGACGUUGUCGUCAAUAUUUAUUAAAGGGAUGGUUCCGAUAUAAGCUUUGCACCGUUUAAGGUGUGUUUUGGUCAUUUUGGUGUAUAAGUACAUCUAGAUACAAUGGU